CGAUUCGGCAUAGUAUCAUUUGAGCGACAGACAAGAAAAGAACGGUAAAAUUUGUGAUUAUUCAAAAGCAGUGAUUCGAAGUGAAAGUUGAAACUAUUGGAUAAUAUUCAACCACCAGAGACCGUGUGCAUUUCUAGGAAUAAGUUUUGAAAUAGUGAAACCCGCAUUUGUGAUAAAUCAGCGCAAGAAAUUGUCGCCACAAUGAAGCUGCUAGUACCGUUGGCCCUGGUGGCCGCCCUGGCCGUACUGUCGUACGCCGCUGAGGAGAAGAAGGAACAAGACUACGGAACCGUCAUCGGUAUCGAUCUGGGAACGACCUACUCGUGUGUGGGUGUCUACAAGAACGGCCGUGUGGAAAUUAUCGCCAACGACCAGGGUAACCGAAUUACGCCUUCCUACGUGGCAUUCACCGCCGACGGCGAACGGUUGAUCGGCGAUGCCGCCAAGAAUCAGCUGACCACCAACCCGGAGAACACCGUAUUCGAUGCCAAGCGUCUGAUCGGUCGUGAGUUCACCGACCAUACCGUCCAGCAUGAUGCCAAGUUGCUUCCGUUCAAGGUGAUUGAGAAGAACUCGAAGCCCCACAUCAAGGUUUCGACCAGCCAGGGUGACAAGGUGUUCGCUCCGGAGGAAAUCUCCGCCAUGGUGCUCGGUAAGAUGAAGGAAACCGCCGAGGCCUACCUGGGCAAGAAGGUUACCCAUGCUGUCGUCACCGUUCCCGCUUACUUCAACGAUGCCCAGCGACAGGCCACCAAGGAUGCCGGAGUCAUCGCCGGUCUGCAGGUGAUGCGUAUCAUCAACGAGCCAACUGCCGCUGCCAUCGCCUACGGUUUGGACAAGAAGGACGGUGAGAAGAACGUGCUGGUGUUCGAUUUGGGUGGCGGUACCUUCGAUGUAUCCCUGCUGACCAUCGAUAACGGAGUGUUUGAAGUCGUUGCCACCAACGGAGAUACCCAUUUGGGAGGCGAAGAUUUCGAUCAGCGCGUCAUGGAUCACUUCAUCAAGCUGUACAAGAAGAAGAAGGGUAAGGAUAUCCGCAAGGACGUUCGUGCCGUCCAGAAGCUGCGUCGUGAAGUCGAAAAGGCAAAGCGUGCCCUGUCUUCCAGCCACCAGGUUCGCAUUGAAAUCGAAUCGUUCUUCGAGGGUGAUGACUUCAGCGAGACUCUGACCCGUGCCAAGUUCGAAGAAUUGAACAUGGAUCUGUUCCGUUCCACCAUGAAGCCAGUCCAGAAGGUUUUGGAAGAUGCUGACAUGAACAAGAAGGAUGUUGAUGAAAUUGUCUUGGUCGGAGGAUCUACUCGUAUCCCCAAGGUCCAGCAGUUGGUUAAGGAAUUCUUCAACGGAAAGGAACCAUCCCGUGGUAUUAACCCCGAUGAAGCCGUCGCUUAUGGUGCCGCCGUACAGGCUGGAGUCCUCUCCGGAGAACAAGAUACCGAAGCCAUCGUUCUGCUCGAUGUCAACCCACUGACCAUGGGCAUUGAAACCGUCGGAGGAGUCAUGACCAAGCUGAUCCCACGUAACACCGUUAUCCCGACCAAGAAAUCGCAGAUCUUCUCUACCGCUUCGGACAACCAGCACACCGUCACCAUCCAAGUCUACGAAGGUGAACGUCCAAUGACCAAGGAUAACCAUCUGCUCGGAAAGUUCGAUCUGACCGGCAUUCCACCAGCACCACGAGGCAUCCCACAGAUUGAAGUAUCGUUCGAAAUCGAUGCCAACGGUAUCCUGCAGGUGUCCGCCGAAGAUAAGGGAACUGGUAACCGCGAAAAGAUUGUCAUCACCAACGACCAGAACCGUCUCACCCCAGAGGACAUCGAACGUAUGAUCAAGGAUGCCGAACGAUUCGCCGACGAUGACAAGAAACUGAAGGAACGUGUCGAGUCUCGCAACGAGCUGGAAAGCUACGCGUACAGUCUCAAGAACCAGCUCGGAGACAAGGACAAGCUGGGUGCCAAGGUUGCCGAGGACGAUAAGGUCAAGAUGGAGGAGGCUAUCGAUGAGAAGAUCAAAUGGCUCGACGAAAACCAGGAUGCCGACUCCGAAGACUACAAGAAGCAGAAGAAGGAACUGGAAGACGUCGUGCAACCGAUCAUUGCCAAGCUGUACGCCAGCACCGGUGGAUCUCCUCCACCAGCCGGCGGUGACGACGAAGAUCUCAAGGACGAACUGUAAACUUCUUGUUUAUUAGUGUAGCGUAAUUCCCAUUUUCCGUUCCCUUGUCGGUCUAUAGUUAGAGCCCUUCCACUCGAUCAGCCUGGUUUUAGAACCAGUGCCCAAUAGGGACUACGACUACGUUCAUUUGCUAGCCGUUUAGAUCAAGUAGAGAACUGGAGAAGAGUUCCACAGUAGAGAGUGUGCGAGCGAGAAUACGAGAUCGAGUGUUUGUGUACUAGGCGCGUUAGGCGUUCUCAUCUCAUUUUUCAGAUGAGACAGAAGAAAAUUAAUCAAGAAAAACCCACAAAGUUUAAUUUAGCGAGAAACUGAGAGAAUACACUUACGAGGCGAGAGGCAUCCGAUGCGUCUUAUUUAUUGUUUAAACUAUUUUUCAUUGACCGCGUAUGUUGCUCUGAUAGGAUAGCCUGAGAAAGAAAAGAGACUUUGUUUCCAUUCCCUCCCCCAUCCGUCUGCGCGUCGCUGCGUUGCGAUCGUCCCCGGGUUGCAAAGUGGUUGUUGCUUCCUUGCAAUCUGGGCGCCGGACAGCGGCGAGGCGACGAGAGGAUUCUUGAACUUAAAGAACCCCGUUCAUCCCCAGUUAACCGAUUCCCGCUUUCAAUUCUUUUCUUUUCUCAACCAUCGACUGAUUGUAUGUAAGUGUGCGUGAUUCAUAUUUCAAGACAACAAAGUUACAAAUAAAUAAAAAAACAAGCAACAAAUUCUACUAGGAAACAUAACAUUCAAAGCGAGAAUGAUACAGAUAUGAGGAUGAUGAUGAUGCAGGAGAAAAA